AUGGGCUGUGCCCCUAAUGCUUCACGUUCUCCAGUUUUCUUGCUCGUUGGCUUCUCAAGAGCUAGAGUCUCCCCCAGUCUCUUCUUUCUCGUGUUCCUGGCUGUUUACCUGACCAUCAUGCUGGGGGCCAUGACUCUGGUGCUGCUACCCUGGGCUUCCAGGCUCUACUCCCCUAUGUACUGCCCACUCGCGGUCUCUCCGUGACGUAAGGAUGUCCAGUCACUCUGCCCGGUGCUGGCCCGUAUGGUCUCUAAUUACGCAGCCAUUCCUGCUGCCUGCUGCUUGGCCCACUUCUUUUUCUUCUAUGCGUUUGGAGUUACAGAUACACUUGUUAGGUCUCUUAUGGCUCUGGCUUGCUCCCUGGCCAUCUGUGACCCUCUGCACUACCAUUCAGUGAUGAAUCACCAACUCUGUGCCCACUUGCUGGCCUUGAGCUGAGCGGUGUCCGUAGCCCCCCCCAUGCUGCCCGUGGGGCUCUUCUUGCCUCUUUACUGAUCUGGGGAUGCCGAGGGCAGCACUAACCUUCCCCACUUCUUCUGUGACGACCGACCUCUCCUGUGAGCCUCUUGCUCUGACAUACAUUCCAAUGAGCUGGCCAUAUUCCUCGAGAGUGGCUUCCUCAUACCAGACCCCCGUGCCCUCACUGUACUGUCCUGUGUCCACCCUGGGGCCACCAUCCUACGUUGGCCUUCAGCUGCUGGUCACUGCUGUCUGGUCUCCAGCUGUGGAUCCCACCUCACCACAGCUGGCUUCCUCUGUGACACCAUCAUUUGGGGCUACUUCCACUCCUUCCCAGAAGUCUCCGAUCAGGGCAUGGUGGCUGCUGUAACGUACACUGCCGUCAUGCCUUUGGCCGGCCCUUUUGUGCGCAGCUUCUGCAGCAAGGAUGUCAAGCAUGGUCUCUGCCGGCGGCUUGGAUGGAGGAGGGUGGACUCCUCAUUAGCCUGCUUCAGAGCCAUAUUGGUUAGGCAGGAAAGAAGAGGGCAGCUUUGA